AGGAGUGGUGGUGCAUCGGACUGCUCUGACACAACCAGUCGUCUGUCGGUGCCGGGGCCGCUGAGUCUGACGUGGACGGUGAAGAUCAGCUGACCAGGAGUCACCGUCUGAAGAAGCUGAAAGUCAAAACUGGUCCAAGACUUACAGACAAAAUGGCCCCAACUCUGGAUGUUGAGAAACUGCGGCUCGGGGACUUGAUUGAAAUUUCCCGUCCCAUGUACCAGCACUGGGCUGUGUACGUUGGCAAUGGCUACGUUGUUCACUUGGCACCACCCUGUGAGGGCGCGGGUGUAGGCUCCGGCAGUGUGAUGUCCGUCGUCGCCGACGUGGCCCUGGUGAAGAAAGAGUUCCUGUGGGCCGUAGCGGGAGAUAAUGUAUGGAAAGUAAACAACGGUCUGGACCAAGAGCACAGUCCCCGUCAGGGUUUUGUCAUUGCGAAUGAGGCCAUGGGAUGGGUUGGCAGGACUGUGCCGUACUCCGUCGUCAGCAGUAACUGUGAGCACUUUGCCAACAACCUACGCUACGGCAAAAACGUGUCCCGUCAGGUGACUUCAGCAACAAAUAUGGCCAUUGGCGUGGGAGCGGCCGGGCUCGUGAUCGCGGGCGUCCUGGCUUUGGCAAGAGGCCUCAGAAGGGAGAACAGAAACACAGAGUGAUGAGUCACAAGUCGCCUGUUCGGAACCAGUGCCUUGAUAAACACAUCACCAGCAGAGUCUAACUGGCUAUAUAAUCAAACUUGAGCUCAGAUUACUUUUUUCACCCUGUUUUCUUAACUUUCCAUAAAUGUGUCACUCACACCUUUUGUAAGGUUUGAUGCAAGGCUGUUUGGUUUUGGAUCAGGUCUCUGUAUUUUGUAGACUUUUAACAUUUCCUCAAAUAGGGAUUUUCACUUAUUAAUGUGCCAAGAGUAACAAAUUAAAGAAAAUUUGAAAAUGACUUUCUAAAUCUUUUCUACAGAUUACGGUUGUUGUUUUUUUAAUUCUUUUUUCCAACUUUUAAACAAGAUGUUUGCUGAGAGUUGCUCAUGAAGAAGAUAUAGUGGCUAUUAAAUCUAAAUGUGACCGAUGUUUGCUGAAGAAGAAUAUAUAACAAAUAAUGAAGUUGUUAACACGUCUCACAGGAAGGGCACUUUAAUGUCAUCUCACAUCACCUUGUACUAAACUUGUCAUCUUCUGAUGAUUAAAGAGGAAAAAUCA